UGCUAAUAAUAUUGUCUUUUAUUCAUAAUAUUAGACAAUAUUAAUUAGCGCGUACUGUGAUUAUCUUAUAUUUAUACUUAUUCAGUUAUAUAAGACCUUAUUUAAUGUAUUGACAACAUUUUCUUCAGAGCCUACUUUCGCGCCUUCAUAAAUCUUUCGAAAGAGCUCGUGGAUAUUUGUUAAAAAAUCUCAUUUACUACUAUCAUUUAUGAUACUUGAAGUGGACACAAUGUUUGAUCCUAGUAUUCGUUAUUAGUAUGAUUGAGUUUCUUCCAAAAUUAUUUCAUUAUUUCAAUUCUAUUAAACCUCCAUCAAGACGAUUUUAGUGUUCUGUAAUAAACAUUUUCAUUGUGCGUUUAAUGUCCCAUGAUUUGUGUAUAAUUUCAGCUCUUAUUGGCACAAUCUUGGAUAUAUUUGUUUAUUGAAUAAUUCAAAACUAGGAUGAGUAAAAUGAUGCUACCUACUACUACCAAUAUUAAUAACUGUUACUUACUAAUGAUUCACAACACAUACAAUAAGUGUGUAUCAUUGGCAUUUUGUUUGAGGAAUUUGUUCUAAUGUGUUUUUACAACUUUUUUCUAGCAAGAUGACACAUAAGUCCAUACUAUUAAAAACAAAUACCAUGGAUGGUUCAGUAAAGUGAUGUGGCUUCCACUUUAAAUGGGACAUGUUCAAUACUUAAAUCCAUCAGUGGAAAUAUGAAGAUGUGAAUGAUUGCAUAAAAACUCAUAACCUUGGAACAGAAUACUGAUAAUUAAUUGGAUGGGUGGAAAUGUAAUCAAUGAUAUAAUUAAUAAAUCCUCAUAGUACCUAUAUUAAAUAAGUAUAACAAGUUUGAAUUUGAAGUUGUAGAAUGGCAGACAACAGGUAUCCAAAAAACAAAUCAACCAGAAGAAUUGGAAGUGGAGAUCUAAAAUCAAGCUCACGGAAAAGGAGGCAUGAAGAACAUAAAGAAACCAAACGGCGUUCGGAUUGUAAGACUCCACCUCUACCGUCGAAAGUUUCAAGCCUAGAUGAACUUAUAAAACAAAGACAAAAUCUUAAAGAAGAAUUAAAAAGAAUUUCUAAAAAUAAACUUGAAGAGAAUACAAUGCACGACAGUAUAACGAAUUCUUUCAAAUCCAAUGGAAAUCAUCCUGAUGCUAACGACAACCAUAAUGCUAAAAAAAAUAGAAAAACAAUUAAACCGUUGCCAGAACAAGAAGAAGACUAUACCCAUUUAGAUUCUGAAGAUGAAGAAAAUAUUAUAGAACAGAGGAGAAGACAGAGAAAGCAACUUUUAGAGAAAUUAAACCUUCAGUCAGAGACUGAGAAUGUGUGUUUAAACAAAACUGCAGAGCCUGAAGAAAUAGUUCAAAUCAAAACUCCUUGUGAAGAAUCACCUUCACCAGACAAACCAAGUUCUGCUAAAGAAACAACUGAUAUGUUUUCAGAAAAGGACUUUGUUCCCAAUAAAGUCCCAGAUUCAGUAACACAGGACAAUAGCAAUUCACAAUUGAGUGACAAUUGGGAUGAUCCAGAAGGUUACUACAACGUAAGAAUUGGCGAUAUCAUAGACAAUAAUAAAUAUGUAGUGAAAAGUAUUCUAGGACAAGGUGUAUUUGCUAAUGUCAUUCUAGCUCAAGACAUCAAGAACAAUAAAUCUGAAGUGGCUAUUAAAAUAAUGCGAAAUAAUGAUUUAAUGUACAAAACUGGCCUAAAAGAACUAGCCAUGUUGAGAAAGAUUAAUGAUGCUGAUCCUGAGAAUAAAUACCAUUGUGUAAGAUUGCUCAAGAAUUUCAUGCACAAAGGGCACCUUUGCCUAGUGUUUGAACCCCUUUAUAUGGAUUUAAGGCAUGUUAUUAAAAAGUAUGGGAGACACCGUGGUCUAAAUAUGAAAGCUGUUAUGAGCUAUAGCAGACAGCUGCUUCUAGCUUUGAGACAUUUAAAAAAAGUUGGUAUCAUCCAUGCUGAUGUAAAACCUGACAACAUCCUUGUAAAUGAGAAAAAGAAUAUAUUGAAGUUAUGUGACUUUGGUUCAGCAAUGAUAGUUGGAUAUAAUGAAUCAACUCCUUAUUUAGUCUCCAGGUUUUACAGAGCCCCAGAAAUCAUAUUGGGUAUUCCAUUCAAGCAUAGUGUGGAUGUGUGGUCUGCUGCUUGCACGAUAUAUGAAAUGACCACUGGAAAAAUUAUGUUCACUGGAAGUUCUAACAACAAAAUGUUGAAAUGCUUUAUGGACCUAAAAGGAAAAAUCCCUGGAAAAAUGAUUCAGAAAGGGAAAUUUAAGGAUCAACAUUUCAAUUACAAUAAUAACUUCCUUCUACACAAAAAAGAUGAAGCUACAGGAAGGGAAAAAUUUGUUGAACUAUUCACUAUCAAUGUUUCCCGAGACCUUCUACAAGAACUGAAGAAAACGCAUAAAAGUGCAUAUGCAGAUGACGAAAAGAAAUUGAUUCAACUCAAGGAUUUCUUAGACAAGAUGUUAGGACUGGAUUAUCAUCAAAGAAUGACUGUCACAGAUUGUCUAAACCACCCAUUUAUACAAGAACCACUAGUAACAUGACAUCAUCAAGGUGACUCAAUAAAAAAAUAGUAACAUAA